AUUUCAUUCAGACUUUUGAAUUUCUAGUAGUGGACUUGAAACAGUCAGGGAAUAUAUGGAGAAAUAAAUGUUUACAAACUAGAGACAAUUAUAGCGCUUCUGAUUAAACGAGAUAUGGCUAAAGAGAGAAAUUGGUGGUGCUGUAUAUAUCAACCAUAGUUGGUUGCUUGUGUUUACAAACAAACAAAACAACAUCGUCAGGAAGAGAUCCCCAAAGUAAUUUGUAAUGAACCAAGUACUAAAUCAUGAUGAGCGGAUCUCAAAUAACAAGGCUAUUUAAUUCAAUGUCUAAUAAAGAAAAUGUGAACGAUAAACUAGUACCAGAAAAACAAAAAAGCCCCGUAAACAAGGCGAAUUCCAUGGCACUGAACCAAAUGAAGGAGCAAUUAUCACAUGAAGUUCAACGGCGAGAAGAACUCGAAAGCCAAUUAGAAAAAAGUCAAAAGGAAAUGGAAGACCUUUCAGUUUCUUUGUUUACUGAAGCAAACGAAAUGGUCUCCAAUGCAAGACAAGAAACGGAAGUGUUACGGCGUGAACUAGACUAUCACGAGAAGAUGCAGGAAAGAAGAAUGCAAAAGCUAAAAAAUAUCCAGUCCGCUAUUCGAACUUCAAUGGUAAACCGAAAAAUCUUUUCUUAUUCCUAUGAAACUCCUUACCAAUAAGGAUCAUCAACAUUCAAACCGCAUAUAUAUUUUAGAAUUUGAAUGAAAAGAGUGAAACAUUGAGUAAAAGAAAGAUAAAUUGCAAAAAAGAAGAAAGUAA